AUGAUCUCUAUACGAGAUACGAUCUCCCGCAUCGCUCGAACGGUGCGGCAGACUGAGCCGGCUUCAAAAUACACCAAACCGAAAACAAAGUCUCAUUCUCAGUCAAAAUCACCCUCUACUUCUCCAGGAAUCUACAAUAAGCCCAAGAUAGUUCACCGAAAAGACGUCAAAGUUGACCUAAAGAACACCCAGGGCACCAAUUUCCAGAUCCACACAUACAGAGACUUCUUGGCGCCGUUGGGCAUCCCUAAUCUCAAGGUCUUCAACGAUGAACUUCCACCGUAUAGCCAUUCUUCCGCUCAUCAGAACUGGAGAAAGAAACAGAACUCCAAACCUGUAAAUAUGUUCAACAACUUUCUUCAGGACCGACUGCUCUUUGAAAAGAUGAUGGACUUUCUUAUAAAUAUCACGCCGGAGCAUCUCAAAAAUACCAACUUCAGCAACGAUAUGGUGGUACGACAUGUUUUAGAACAAGAGGAAAAGGAAUCCGACACUAACCGGUUUCCAGAGCUAUCCCCCCGUAACUCAUUCGGAGAAGUCCCGUCUAUGCCUCAACCUCUAACGGUCCAGAAUUUCCAAGAAUACAUCUAUACCUUAACACAUCUGAACUUCUACUACCGGAACUCGCUGUCGUUGACGUCCGGAUUGGUUCCAGAUAUCUUGCUCUACACUCAUAAACUCACGAACGACGAAUUCAAGCCGUAUAGAUCUGUGCAUACAUAUAACUACCUUAUCAAGUUCUUUGGAUUUGACAAAAACCAAAGCUCAUUUGCUAGGGAAUUGCUUUUGGUCAUGAACAAAGAUGGCCACAAGCCCAAUAUCGACACCAUAAACCAUUUGCUAAAGUUGGCCCAGACCCAUUCGCACAUCAGGACAAACACCAAUACCUACCAGGUAAUCAUGAAGUAUCUCCAGCUCUGUCAGUCGAUGAAUAUCGACAUAAACCUAUCAACAUUCAGUAGAAUCUACGACUCGAUUAAUAACAUCUUUCUCAAAGAGUCUUUUCUCAAUCAUAUUCAGCGCAUAAAGCUUCCUAUUCUGAAGAACUUGCUUCUCAAGAUUUUAGACGAUUUCAUGGCUACUACUAAAGACACAGGCGAAGUAAUCAACUUCAUCGAGAAUGACUUGGGACACAGUAACUGGAAAAGUGAUAGCAAGAUACUCAACAAGGUGGUUUACCACAAGGCUCUACAGAUCCAAAGAGAUGAGGAUGUGGACAGGCUAUGGAGGUUUGUUAAUGAAAAAGAUCUCGAUGUAGAUGAGUACACCUUGAAGUCGUUCUUAGAGGGAGUGAGAAAGAACAAGCUUUUGGAUUCACAGCACUACAGCAAAGCAAUGUUGAUGUUGUCUAUCUAUGUUAAUGUUUAUGAUUCUCUUUCCAACGUAUUACGAGUGUACCAAUUCUUGCUAGAGGAGUUGGUUCGAGAGUCAGAAAGAGAGCCACGGCUUCUAGGUAUAAACACAUUUAUAGCGAGAGGUGUAGUCUAUGAAGCCAGUGGGGAGUUGCUAUUGCCUUCAGAAAUCACUCAGUACGGCAACAGCAAGAGGUCUGCAUCGGAGAACUACAAGAUCUUACGGCGAGUAUCAUGCGGGAAAUUAGAGAAGCUAGAGGCAAUCACAGACAUCUACAACAAGAUGAUGGAGAAAUUCUCUGAAGUUGCAGCCAUAACGGAACCCCACAAGCCGUUUUCUGAGGAUGAAAUUCAGAUGUGGCAGAAGCUUAAAUCCAGCAUCAAGAUCGACAAUAACGCAGCAGAAUCAGAGCGAAGCUUGCUAAUUAAAGCCCAGAUCCAUUGUGUUCCCUUAACGAUUCCACCCGGAGCAGUGGAUAAGUAUCGUCAAGCACAAUUGCGCAAGUAUGAGACAGUACGAGCACGAGAACGCAGCAACAAAAUGGAGUUAGGUGUAGAAGAGCAUACAAGACAACAGAUGAGAACAAGGGGCAUCUACGACAGUAGAGAAAAUAUGGGCGUGGAUAAAGAUAACGGAGAAGAGAUAAUAAAUAAAAAUCUCGAUACAGUUUAGGACAAUGAAAGAUGUGAUAAGUGGUGAAUAACAAGAUUUAAACAAAGCUUGAGCGGAAAGAAAUCGAAAGAAUAAAGUACAAACUUUCUGGCACUUUCUCUCGAUCGUCGUCUAUAGUUUUCUACCCUUCUUUCUUGACAAUAUAUUCUUCUUUCGGCAUUUGCACAAUUUCCAACACCGUUUUGCACCAGAAAAUUUAAUGAGGUGCGUUAAUGAGAUGCGUUUGAUGAGAAUCGGGAAGCACCACUCCUGGGUAUUUUAAUAGACAGUGUAUAUAGCAUUCCACAGAUGCAAGUCCUAAUUGA